AUGUCGGAAAGUUCGAUAAAAUCUGCACGGGAACGAGUUCAAUGGUUGUUAGAGAAUCAAUGUCGAAUACCAAUUCGUUCGACGACACCGAUCAGUUUCUAUUAUAAAACUUCGGAUAAUUUAAUUGAAGAAGCGGAUCAUUUUUACAAAACAAAUCAAUUCGAGCAGAGUUUUAUUCUCUAUUCGAGAUAUAUAACUUUAUUCGUUGAAGAACUUAAACAGCAUCAUCCGGAUUUUCUCAAUGUCUCUGUCAAUGAUCGGGAACGUGUGAAAGAAAUCAUUCGUACGAAAGCAUUUCCACGUGCAGAAGAAUUGAAAAGCAAAUUAAUCGACAAGUACGCACAAGAUUAUGGAGAUCAACAGAAGUCAACUAACGAACAUGGAGAAGACAAAGUAAAGAUCUCCGCACCAGGAUUGGGUCAUGCACCAACAAAUACUCACCAUGAACAAGUCAGAGCAAAUUAUGUACAAAUUCCAGCAGUUGAAACGAUGGAGAAUCAUUUAGUACAAACGAAUCAAGAAUCGAUCAAACCUACAUAUGAUCGUUGGCAGAAGCCAAUAACAAAUUCAUUAAGUAAUGGAAUGGGAUCAUUUCGACGAAUGACGGUUCCGAAUGAUAUCACAACAAAAUUUCUACAAGUAGCACAACGGAAUACAGAUCGAAGUAUUGAAACAUGUGGUAUUCUUGCUGGAUAUCGAAAAGAUAAUCAACAAUAUGUAAUUACACACAUUGUAGUUCCAAAACAGAGUGGCGGACCUGAUUCGUGUAAUACCGAAAAAGAAGAAGAAAUGGUCGAAUACAUUUCCACCCACAAUCUCAUAACUCUCGGUUGGAUUCAUACUCAUCCGACUCAAACAGCAUUUUUAUCCAGCGUUGAUCUCCAUACACAUUUACCCUAUCAAAUGCUAAUAGAAGAAGCAAUCGCCAUUGUCAUCAGUCCAAAAUUUCACGAAACUGCAAUAUUCUCUCUCACAUCCAAUACGGGUAUUCCGAUCAUAUCAACAUGCAGAAAAACAGGGUUUCACGAACAUGCUAAUAACCCUCCGUUAUAUGUGAUUUCUUCACAUACAACUUACGAUAUUGGUUUACAAUGUAAAAUCGUCGAUCUUCGAGCGUAG